CCCAGGGCCAGGAAGCCAAGCAUCCCUCCUCCCUGCCCACAGGAAUCGAGAAGUUCAAGGGCCGCUACCUUCACAGCCGAGAUUACAAGGACGCUCGGGAUUUCACAGACAAGAGGGUCGUUGUCAUUGGGAUUGGGAAUUCAGGGUCGGACCUGGCCGUGGAGAUCAGCCACACGGCCAAGCAGGUCUUCCUCAGCACCCGCCGGGGUGCAUGGAUCUUCAACCGUGUGGGAGAUCAGGGCUACCCCAUUGACAUCAUCUUCACCACACGCAUUAAGGCAUUCCCGCAGAAGCUGCAGAAAACCACGGUGAACAACUUUGUGGAGAAGCAGCUGAACGCCAGGUUUGACCACUCGCACUACGGCCUGAAGCCAAAGCACAGGAUCUUUGACCAGCACCCGACCGUCAACGACGACCUGCCCAACCGCAUCAUUUCAGGCAGGGUGCUGGUGAAGCCAAACAUCCAGGAGUUCACGGAGACAUCUGCCAUCUUCGAGGAUGGUACCAGGGAAGACAUCGAUGCCGUGGUCUUUGCCACGGGAUACAGCUUCUCCUUCCCCUUCCUCGAGGGCUGUGGGAAGGUGGUGGAGAACCAGAUUCCUCUCUACAAAUUCAUGUUCCCUCCCGACCUGGAGAAGCCAACGCUGGCUUUCGUCGGCCUCAUCCAGCCUCUGGGUGCCAUCAUGCCCAUCUCUGAGCUCCAGUGUCGCUGGGCCACCCGCGUCUUCAAGGGGCUCAACAAGCUGCCCCCACGGCACGACAUGGAGGCUGACAUCAAGCAGAAGAAAGAAGCGAUGGCAAAGCAGUACGUGAAGAGCCAGCGGCACACCAUCCAGGUGGAUUACAUCCCCUACAUGGACGAGCUCGCCUGCCAGGUGGGGGUCAAGCCCAACCUGCUCACCCUCUUCCUCACCGACCCCAAGCUGGCGCUGGAGGUGGCCUUUGGGCCCUGCACACCGUACCAGUACCGCCUGCGGGGCCCGGGCAAGUGGGCGGGUGCCAGGGAGGCCAUCCUCACCCAGCAGCAGCGCAUCAUCAAGCCCCUGCAGACACGGCACGUGGAGGAGCAAGCAUCAGCCCCUGCCGUGCCCCUCGUCUUCAAGCUGGUCGGAGCUGUGGCAGUCCUCGCCGUUAUUUUUGCUUACUUGUAG